GGGGCCGGGCGGUGCCGGGGCUGCCCCCGCGGCGGAGCGCGGCUGCCACCGCCCGGCCGGGGCCGGGAGAGCCCGGGACAGGCGGGGAAACGGGGACACCGGUCUGGUCCACGGGCUCCCGCAGGGUGGCCGAAGUCCAGUAAAGCGUGGAAGGCUGAGACUGCAGUCCUUGAAGCAUCCCACGGGUCGCAGCUGCAGAAUUUCCUCCCCAGCUGGCGACGGGCAAGUCUGAGGUUUGCUGGACUGCCGUCGCUGAGAUGUUUGGGCACCAUCCUCAUGGGAUUCAUCCAAAAAGUCAGAAAAAGUCAAUGAUGCUUCCAGUGAGCUUUCCCAAACAUGGUAGCCCUGUACCAGUUUGUGACCAAGAGCCACAUGCUACAAAAUUCCCAGGGAGCUGCCUAGUAAACCUAGGUGGUCACAAUAGUGAGUUUAAGGGCUUUACCAAACUCAUAAGCACAUAAUUGGUGAGUAGAUGAAAAGAACUAAAGUAUAAAUAAUAGCUAAUGAAAUGACACAAUGUUUCAGUGCAAGAUUUAAUAUGAAUAAACUGAAAAGAGCAUAGGCCGUACCUAUGCUUCAGAGAUUAAAUGCUUAAAGUGCUGGUGUCUCUAAAAGUGGGAACACCAGCAGAAAUACAAAUUCAGGAGGAGAGAAACAAUUUCAUAACAGAGACCUUCUUUUACUGGUCUCCCACGUAUAGAAUUAUGAAUUCUUCUCCCAUUCUUUUCAUUAUGAAUUAUGAUAUUCCAUCAGGAAGCUGGAUGUAGCAAUGCUAUUUUCCAUCAUGCUUUCUUCUAUUAACAAAGCUCAUUGAAACUUCCAUCUCAUCUGUCAUAUCUGAUGCUUCCUGUUAUUUUUCCCUAUGUGUCAGUCUGUGUAUUAAUGCAACAUUCCCCAGUUUAGGCCUGUACUGUCUCAUGAGUUGCUUUUCUUCAACUACCUCUUCCUACUUCUGUAGAUUCGAACUGUUCCUUACACCACCUUGUCACAGAAGGAUAUUGAGUGCUAUUAGGGAAGACCUUUUUGGGAAUAAACAGAUGAGGUAUUGAAUUCUUGGAUGAAGACCUCUUCCUAUUGGGUUUGACUAUUAAAGGGCAGGGUGUAUCUGUCAGGAAUCUGGUGGGAUGGAAGCCUGGAGGUCUUCCUUGCUCAGCUCUCUUUGCUUGCCAUGGAAGACCCAGCUGGUUUCUUUGCCUCUGUGCCUGCUUUCAUUUUCUUCAUAUUCACUUUUCAUCAUUUUGUAUUCAUAUAACCUGUAAGUCCCCUAAGGGAACAGGUUAUGCAGAGGCUAAGGACUACUGGAAAGGUCUUUAUGGUACAAUUAAUUUCUCUAGUUGUAUAACACUGAUUCUUUACCUUAUGCAUAGAGAUACUGAAGGAAAACAGCAGUGAUCUGUCUGAAUAGUCAGUGAUUAGGGUGAAGGGUUCAGAAGAACAGGCUUUCAAACAGGUGUUUAAAAAGUCAGCCAAUGCCCUUUCAGGAGCAAACCAAAAUGAUGAACAUUCCUUGUCCUUGUCACACUUAUUCAACACAAGCUUGGAACCUGCUGUAUUCUCACAGGUAUUAUGCAGAGACUCCCUUGCAUCUGGCAGAUAGCUGGAUUGGGGAAAAAGUCUGAGUCCUGCUUUGUCUUCGCAGAGACAGUGACAGGUGUUUGCUUGUGAUAUGCUGUGGGACACAGGCUGUGUGUGUGUCUCUCUCUUCUUACUGGUGGUGCUAAAUCUGGGUCAAAGGAGCAGCCUGUAUCCAAACACCCUGCCACCGGCACUGACGGCAGCCCAGCCUAUGAGAAGCAGCUCUUUGAGCACCUUGAAGGAAGCAGCCUGACUCUCUUGACAAGUGUGGAUCACCUCUGGGAGUGAUCUGCAGGUUGGUUGCCACCCCAGGACUGGUUGCAUUGCAUAGGAGGAAGUACCUUUUGCUUUCAAGCCAGGACUCUUUGGGCACUUAUGCUUUUUUAGGUGUGGUGCUCACCUGGGUAUUCAUUCCUGCCCACAGUGUUUCAAAGAGAGACUAGGUAGGCCCAGCCAGUUCCUAGGAGCACAGGGCAUGCUUGCUGCUUGUGUGUGUGUGGUAGAAUGCACACACAUGCAUAUGCACAUCUGUGUGUAUUGCAAUGAAGAUUUAAGAAAACAACACCCUGCAGAAUGACAGUAAAGGUUAUUCAUAAUCAAAAUUGUAUAAUCUGAUCAAGAAAAUUUAGUUCUAUAUUCUGAAAAGAGGAAAAAUUACCAUUAUGCUGUGAAGGACCUGAUAACUUCGUUCUAUACCCACUUCUUUCUGCUCAGCUGGAGUUGCACAUGCACAUUCCCUGUGAGUUUGCAGCCAUCCAGUGAAAUCUCCACUGAGGGUCUCUGCACAGGUACAUGGAUGCAAGAGAGCUCUCCAAUGUGUUAGGAAAUAUGUAAGUGUUAGUAAACAUGUACUUCUGCAAAUGUUUAUGGAAACGUAUUCUUAAGUUGUACAACAUGGUAACAUGUUUCUAUAGCUCAAUUUCAAUCUAAGACAUCCUUUGCUCUCUCUCCACCUUCUCCUUCUCAGACAGAUUUAUCUUGACAGAUUGAAGACAUGUAGGGGUGCUUACUGGUGCAGUUCCUGCAUCUUGGUUGCAGAUAGUAACUUUCACCUUUUGUGCUGAUUCCUAACGAGUCCCUCAAGAGAUGAUUGGAUACUUUAGCAUCUGAACAUUCUUAGAAUAAGAAUGGUAUCAAGUAAUUCAAAUGUAGAUAAAAUACACCUGUUUGGGAAAAAAAAAAAGAGGCAGAGAAGACUUUGUUAAAUGAAAAGUAAUGAAAACAUGGAUAUGUUAAUACACUGUGCUGGGAAAAGUUUCAAAAUGCAGCAUAAACAGCUUACUCAGCACCAAGGUACUCUGUUUGGAAGUCUAUUUUUUUUCUUCUCAUGUUCAACAGUUGAUUAGUGCUGCCACCACCACUUUUCUGUUCUCUUCCCCUGAUGCAAUUUGCAGGGAUAACCACCAUCCCUAGCUCAAUUCACGUGUCCUGGAAGUGGAAACCAAAUGCUUUUGUUGAUGAGAACCUGCUGAAAAUGGAUUAUUGCAAAGAGAAUGAACAUAGCACCCUAAGUAAGAAGUGGUUUCUGGUUUUAGAAAUGGUCUUCCUGCGUACCUCUGAAAGGUUUCUUCUAGACCUGCUGCAAAAGGGAUCUCAACAAAGACAGGAAAAAGAAGAAUGGUGAUGUUCUGUUGGCCGGUUUUCACAAGAAUGAAAGGUUGGUGAAUAAGGCCCAAGACACUGAAAGGAAAAAAAGAUGUGAGUGACAUAACGAAGAUGCUCCGCGCCGCCGCCGCCGCUCACGGGGAGCGCUUCUGCUCUUCGGCGUUUCGCUGAAACUUUGGGAGUGCCCCCACGCCGAGCAAAGGCUCCCGUCUGGCCCCUCUCCUCACGGAGCUCGCACGGGGUCCCACCGCUGCUUCCAGCAGGAGCUUCCCCCGGAACUGACCCGGGCUGCAGCAGCCUGAGGGGUCCAGCUACAUCCCAGCCGCCUCCUCCCCCUUCCAACCCUCCAUCCUCAGGGGCCGACCUCUAAGCAGCCUCUUCUCACGACGGCAUCUAAGUCUGUUGUCGCCUUUACGAAACAGAGAAUGACUCCUGGACUUGUUGGUGUUCCACGGCUCCUGGGAUAAUAAGGCUGACAGUGGUUCCUAACAACGGGUAGUGCCACCCCUCUGAUCGGUGUCACCAGCUGAGCAGAUAUAAAGGAGAGGAUGCUUGCUGUCUGUGGGGAGCUGUUGGUGUGCCCUCUCCUGGUUGCUGAGCAGACAAGCUGUUUGGCAUUUACUGAUUAUCUCUCUGCUACCUUACAGUUCCAGCUUGGACAGGCAAUCUUCACAAUUCCAGUUAAAAAAUACUUCUACUGGCAGUGACUAGUCAUGAAUUCGUCUCGCCUAAACAACAGAGCUGAGAGCCACUUUAGAGCAUCAGAGGAGCAUGAACUGGAGACAGUGGGGAAGAAAGCUUGGGACAAUCCUGUUUACAAUGGCUCUCCUUCUACCUCCUUGAAGAUUCAAACCAUCUACAACCCCAAGUCUACCCUGGAAAAUCCCUAUGAGAACUUUGAAGAGAUUAGGGAUCCACUGUCCUACCAGGAAGAACAGAGCAAAGCUGUGGAUGGGAAGACAAGUCCUUUCCUCAAGUGCUUCUUCUACGUCUUCAGAGGCAUAAGAGGUCUGUGGGGCACUACGCUGACUGAGAACACAGCUGAAAACAGAGAGCUUUAUGUGAAGACCACACUGAGAGAGCUGCUAGUCUAUGUUGUGUUCUUGGUGGACAUCUGUCUACUGACAUAUGGAAUGACAAGUUCCAAUGCCUAUUACUACACCAAAGUGAUGUCUGAGCUCUUUCUGCAGACCUCUUCAGAUGGUCGUGUCUCCUUCCAGUCCAUCGGAAGCAUGGCUGACUUCUGGGUGUAUGCACAAGGUCCCCUUCUGGAUAACCUUUACUGGACAAAGUGGUACAACAACGAGUCCCUGACAGCACACAGCACCCGGUCGUACAUUUAUUACGAGAAUCUGCUGCUGGGUGUCCCACGCAUGAGACAAUUGAAGGUGAAGAACAAUUCCUGUGUGGUCCAUGAUGACUUCAAGGAGGAAAUCUCAGGCUGCUAUGAUGUAUACUCAGAAGACAAGGAGGAAAGGGGCUCCUUUGGGCUCAUCAAUGGAACAGCAUGGAGUUACCAUUCUGAGGAGGAGCUGGGUGGUUCAUCUCACUGGGGAAGACUAACCAGUUACAGUGGGGGAGGAUACUACAUAGACCUCAAGUUGACCAGAGAAGAGAGUGCUGAAGCCCUGCAAGUCUUGAAGGAGAAGCUGUGGCUGGAUCGGGGAACACGAGUUGUCUUCAUUGAUUUCUCUGUGUAUAAUGCAAAUAUCAAUCUGUUCUGUGUUCUGAGGUUAGUUGUUGAGUUUCCAGCCACUGGUGGUGCCAUUCCUUCCUGGCAAAUCCGGACAGUCAAACUUAUACGAUAUGUCAGUGCAUGGGACUUCUUCAUUGUUGCCUGUGAAAUUGUAUUCUGUGUCUUCAUCUUCUACUACGUGGUGGAGGAGACUUUGGAGCUGCGUAUCCACAAGCUUCAGUACUUCACUAGCAUCUGGAACAUCCUGGAUGUUGUUGUCAUUCUGCUCUCCAUUGUCGCCAUUGGAUUUCACAUCUUUCGCACCAUUGAGGUGAACAGGCUGCUGGGAGAGUUGCUGAAACACCCCAACACCUACGCAGAUUUUGAGUUCUUGGCAUUCUGGCAGACGCAGUACAACAAUAUGAAUGCAGUCAACUUAUUCUUUGCCUGGAUCAAGAUAUUCAAGUACAUUAGCUUUAACAAAACAAUGACCCAGCUCUCCUCCACACUGGCACGUUGCGCCAAGGACAUCCUGGGCUUUGCCAUUAUGUUCUUCAUUGUCUUCUUUGCCUAUGCCCAGCUGGGUUACCUUCUUUUUGGGACACAAGUGGAAAACUUCAGUACCUUUGUUAAAUGCAUCUUCACCCAGUUUCGGAUCAUUCUCGGUGAUUUUGACUACAAUUCCAUUGACAAUGCCAACAGGGUCCUUGGGCCUAUUUACUUUGUCACCUAUGUGUUCUUUGUUUUCUUUGUGCUCCUGAACAUGUUUCUGGCCAUCAUCAAUGACACCUACUCAGAAGUCAAGGAAGAGCUUUCAAGCCAGAAGGAUGAGCUGCAGCUCUCUGACAUCUUGAAGCAGAGCUACAACCGGACACUCAUGAGGCUGAAGCUGAAGAAGGAGCAGAUUUCUGAUGUGCAGAAAGCACUGCAGAAUGGAACAAAAGAACUAGACUUUGAAGACUUCAAGAACAGCUUGAAGGAACUGGGCCAUGCAGAUCAUGAAAUCACAGCAGCUUUCUGCACGUUUGACAAAGAUGGCAACCACAUCCUUGAUGAAGAGGAGCAACAGCAGAUGAAGCAUGACCUUGAGGCAAAAAGGGUUGCUCUGAAUACAGAGAUUGAAAAUUUGGGGAAAUCCUAUGGUGACAACAACCUGGAUGAGAAUCUGGUCUACAGGGAAGCAAGGAAUAACCACACCAAUAAAGCCAGCUGGGUCUCCAAAGAAGAGUUCCAAGUCCUGCUGCAACGUGUACUGCAGCUGGAACUGUCCAUAAACAGCGUUGGCUCCAAGACUGAUGCAGUGGUGAGCAAGCUCGAUGUGCCAGAAAGAAGCAAGCUGAAGAGGAAGGACCUGGUGGGCAAACCACUGGAUGAUGUUAGUAAGGAGGAAGAAGCCAGUCAGGAAGAGCUGCACUCCCAGAGCCUAGACCAACUGCGGAAGGAAGAAGCAGAAAGUUGGGGGAUGGAACAUGUCCAGAGAAACAACCUGAGUGGUAACUCUUCCCAAAACGGUGUCUACCACAUCUUGCCCCGGUCAAAUGUGCUGGGCUCACAGGUGUCCAAGAACAUCAUCCAGCCACAGCUGGAUGUGCACUUCUAGCAAACAGCCAAGUGCUCUCACUCUGGCUCCCACGGUACUAAGUCACUGUCAGUUGUUCUCCCACUGUUAGGAUAAUCCAGACAGCUGGACAUAGACACCACUGUUGUCAGAAACUGUUGAUAUGAAAAAUCAGGGCUGCUCUUUUUCAGUGUAAUGAUGUAUAAUGUCAAAGAGUAGAACUUCUGCCCUCUCUCCCCUCAGUAUCUCUGGAGUAGGUGGAACUUGGAACCAGGUGAUGUAUGAGGUUUCUGCCUCUCUACAAGCUGACACAAAGUCUCUUAUCUAUCCUUUCCUAAAAAGCAGGAACCCCAGAACUCUGAACACUUCUGUCCAGAGUGGUGUAUUGCAACUUGUUCCCAACACAUGCAAUUGUCUGCAGAAAACAGAUGUGAUUAUAAUGUAAAGAAAACAGAAUAUAAACAUUAGAGUGAAAUGGAAAGAAGAAAUUUAGUUGUGUCUACCUGGUUACAGACAGUUUUGUUCUGCUGUAGCUUGUUUCCAGAUUACCUUGGUAACCUUUCUGUAUCUUAGAUUUAGAUGUUGAGAGAAGAGGAUACUAACACCUAACUUCGGACAACUACAAUGAGAAUUGACUGACAGCGUAAUUGGGAGGAAAUCUGAAAUACUCUAAACUGAGAAGCAGUUGUUACUGGUAAAGUCUUAGGUCUGAGUGUUAGGGAACAAACUUCUGGUUAUAUGGUCUCUAACACAGCUGUUGACCCUCUAUCAUUUAUUUUCACACUCCUUAAAUUGCAUCUCAAGGUUCUUUAAAAAACUAGCACCAAAUUUCUGAAGUUGUGAUCUUUCUUGAUUUUGCCGAGGAAACAAUUUGCAGUUGGGGGUGCUGACACCAUUUCAGUUGAAGAAUAUUGUGAAAAUGAGAUGUGUCAGUUUUUCAACCACAUACUUCUUUUCCAGGCAUUUCUCCCUUUGCUGAGAUUUCUCUUUCCUUGUAACUGGUGCAGGCUAUUGCUGCUAUUACAGGGUCAGUGUAAAUGUAUUCCAAAUAUCUUCAUCACUCGUAUUUCACAGUCGUUCACCUCAAAUAGGCUCUGUAGGCUUAAAGCCAAUAGAAAUGUGAGUUGUACCAGACAGUUGCUAACAGUUCUCAUUAGUGCUACACUGUUUAGCAUGCUAUGCAGUGCAGUGAUAAGUUUAGUGUGGACCUUCUGCAGGGGCAUUUUGUAUUGCCACCUUUUUUAAGAUGUGUGUGUCACUGCAUUCUGUGGAAAGCCUCUCUGGCAAUAUCUGAUGGACCUCAGGAUCAGCCCUGUCCACAGAUGGCCCAGGCACCAGGGCUGUCACAGCUACAAGAUAUCACUGAUAAAUUAAAGCAGAGGGUCUUUCAGCUGCAAGGACCUAGCAGGAGCUGUGAGGAGGAGCUUGUCACCCAGCCCACAGUGAGCUUAGAUUUUGGACAGGAGCUGUGGGCACAGUAACUGGAGGCUCUCACAAUUCACUUCCCAUCAGCUGGUCCUGCUGUUGGGAACAAGACUUGCCUGGGAGACAUUGCCAUAAUUCUUGACUCCCAUUUCUGCUGAAUUGAGAAUUGAGCAAGAGCUUCCUACCUUCAGCUUUUCCAGCUGAACUUGUAACAAUGGUGUUGCUUACUUCCUCCUGCUCUCUGCAUUGAAGCUAUUAUCUUACUCAGAAGAAAACAGCCUAUGUCAGGAGAACUUCCUGAAAUGGGCUUUCUUUCUUUCUUUCUUUUUUUUCCAAAAUUUUAAUUAAACAGGAAAUCUAUAUGCUAAAUUGUAAUUGAACAGAGGAGCUAUGUGCUCUGUAAUGGGCUUGAAGAGUGCACACAGCCCCCCCUUGCAGUUAACUAAUCAGGUCCUUUGUGUGUUGAAAGACACAGAGGGAGGUUCUUCCUUAAACUCAUUUGUAAGACCCUGUUUUAGAUCCUGGAUCAAUAUCAGUCUAUGAUUACCAAGGCAUAAUUGCAAAAUCAAAAAUGUAAGCUCUUUCUUUGAGGUCUCUGAAGGAAUGCCUUUUCCACAGACUCAAAAUAUUGGGUGAGGUUCUGAGUCUCUGUUACGGCAUAGAUAUGAAAUACUUGGGAUGCCGAUCUGUGAAGAACUAAGUCUAACACCAUGGGAGAAAUCCAAGAAGCAACUGUCUGCUUGAGGUGUUUGAUCCUGUGCUAAUGGAGUCAGUGGAAGAUAUAUUGCUAGCUGAGGCUUAGCUUCUGAACAGAGCAAUAAUUACCAUGAAUGCAACAGGAUCCUGAAUUCAUGUCCUGCCAAGAAAAUUAAGGUAAAAAUUAUCAUCUCUAAGGCCUGGCUUUAUAAAGCCUCAGAUUUCUCACAGGAAGAAUGUUGUUUGGUUGUUCUGCUCAACAGAACAACCUUCUGCAGAGAAGGUGGUACAGGACCUCCCUCUCUGCAUUGCCCAGUGUUUCUGUUCCCCUCUUCAGCUGUACCAAACACCCACAGGACCAGCCCCACCGAUAACUUGCCCACUGAGGCAGGGAUACUGCAGUCACUGCAGAACAGUGAAAGAGCCUGUCACUAGGCACGGGAAGGCAACCUCCACCACCCUGCUCCUUUCUGCAUAGGGACCCCCAUAAGUGUCAGAGAAAGUGCGGGAAGCACAGAGAACAAUGGUGUGAUAGCUGGACUCAGAUCCAUGGGACAGUAACCAACAGCCUCAGGCAACCAGCUCACAGGCACUGUGGUCUGCUCUUCAGCGCAUCAGGAGAAACAAAAUGGUCAUGUUUGCGCUGCAGGGUUUGUUCUUGCCCAAAACUUGGGAAGCCAGCUUUCCCCUGCAAAGGGAGGGCAUAGGAGUCUUCACAGGGCCACUGCAGCUGGGAGAGAUGCCUUCCCCUCACUUUGCCUCUCUGUAGUAAACACAGGAGACUGUAGCCAGAGACUAGACUCUAGACCAGCUUGCCGGGACUCCCCCCUUCCCACUGGCAAGAACAGCCUGGCAGCCUCCUCUCCUUUGGGCUUAGGGGGCAGUAGUCAGCCUGCCAUGUUGAGGAGCCCUAAACCAGCUCUGGCUGGGAUCAGACAAGAACUGCAGGCUGCCAUGGUCUCCCGGGUCAGCUUCUUUCCCACUUUCUGGCAGAAAGACCACUCCCUUCACCCUGUGCUGUGAUUUUGGUGGUGCCAGUGCUGCUCAGUAUAAAACAACUUCUGUCACUGGCAUGUGCCUGUGACUGCAUUGAUGUCUUCUCUCUUGCAUGUACCUCUCCAUGUAACUGCCUUGUCUGUUGUGUGUCCACAUUGUCAUGUGUAUGAUGUGUCCUAGAGUAGGGCAAGGAAAUUACUUGUUCUCAGCAAGAGCUUGUGUGUAACUGUCAAUUGUGUCUUCAAGCUGGUUAAGAAAUAACAUAAAACCACUGAAUGGUAAGUUCAUACAGCUUCUCUUUUCAUAUAUGUGUUGUCAGGCCUCCUGUCAGGAGCUGUUAUUAUUUAGAUGCUGUAUG